GCGAACCUUUUGGGCUGCUGAGAAAAUCAGUGAAAAGCUCCACUCCAAGUUUUCUCUGCUGAAGAUAUUUCUCUGGACUAUCGAUGAAUUGCCUUCAGAAUCUUCCCAGAUCCUCCGCUUUGCCUUUGCAAAGCUUCAAUUGCCACGGAAGAAAGGCUAUUUGCUCUGUUCACACUCUGGGAGUGAUGAAUAAGACUACUGAUCUACAUCGGAGCAUAGCCGCGAAGGCAAUUUCUGGUUCCAUAUCCGACACCAAGAUGAGUGAUCCUGAAUUCAAGGAGGAAAAAUCUGAGAUCUACAGCAAUAACAUGACAGAAGCUAUGGGGGCUGGAUUGACUUAUAGGCAUGAGCUAGGAAUGAAUUACGACUUCAUUCGUCCAGACUUGAUUGUGGGGUCUUGCCUACAGAGUCCAGAAGAUGUUGACAAGCUUCGGAGUAUUGGGGUGAAAACCAUUUUUUGCGUACAACAAGAUUCAGAUCUUGAAUAUUUUGGAGUUGAUAUCAAUGCCAUAAGAGAAUAUGCCAAGACAUUUGAUGACAUUCAACACUUGCGAGCUGAAAUAAGGGACUUCGAUGCAUUUGAUUUACGGUUGCAACUUCCAGCUGUGGUGAGCAAAUUAUACAAGGCAAUAAAUCGAAAUGGAGGUGUGACUUAUAUACACUGCACAGCUGGACUUGGGAGAGCUCCUGCCGUGGCGUUGGCAUACAUGUUCUGGGUUCAGGGCUAUAAACUUAAUGAAGCUCACAGUUUACUUAUGAGCAAGCGCUCGAGCUUCCCAAAGCUGGAUGCUAUCAAAAGUGCUACUGCUGAUAUACUUACAGACCUCAAAAAGCAGCCUGUUACUUUGAAAUGGAAGGAUAACAGUUGCACCACAGUAGAAAUUUCUGGUCUUGAUAUUGGAUGGGAGCAGAGAAUGCCUUUGAGAUUUGACAAGGAACAGGGUCUGUGGAUUCUUGAGAGAGAAUUGCCAGAAGGACACUACGAGUACAAGUACAUUGUUGAUGGCGAAUGGACGUGUAAUGAACAUGAGUUUGUUAGAGCCCCCAACAAAGAUGGCCAUGUCAACAAUUAUGUUCAUGUCUUCGACAGUGAUCCACAUAGUGUCAGUGCAGUCCUUCGAAAGAGGCUGACUGGUGAUGAUGAUCCGACUCUUUCAAGGGAUGAACGACUCAAAAUAAGACAGAUUCUCGAAGCUUGUUCGGAUGAUGAUGAUGCUUGAAUUCAGAAAGCAACACCUAAGGAAAACAGCAUUAAAGUUGUUGUACAGUUCAUAAGUACCAUACAACUUUCGCCAGUCUCUCAUUUCCAGCUUACUUUAAUGGGGGCAGAUCUUUGGAGGGAAUAAACUAUAUAAAGAAACCACAAAAAGCCAAAGAGUUGCAUGAAUGAAUUAUAGCCUUAUGGGGAUGAAUGAAUAAUCAUGUCAGGUUAUUCAACAUAUUCAGAACCGGCA